GGAAGAAUGAGGAUUUCCAUGUGAAGUUAGCCGUUGGCCUCCGUGCGAUGACGUGGCUGUUCUCGCUGAUCGCGGCGAUCGUGAUGGCGACAAAUAAGCAUGGCGAUUGGAAGGAGUUUAAUAAUUACGAGGAAUACAAAUAUUUGGUGGCGAUUGAUUUCAUGGCGUUUCUGUACUCAUGGAUUCAGCUGGCACGGUUCAGUUCGCGUAGAGAUUUCGUAGCGAAGCAGUUCGCUGGGAUGUUUGAUUUUGUUGGAGAUCAGGUUGUCGCAUAUCUGUUGAUGUCGGUGAUGUCAGCAGCAAUACCGAUGACAAAUCGAAUGAGAGAAGGAGCAGAUAACAUGUUCACCGAUGCAUCCGUAGCGUCUAUCAGCAUGACAUUCUUCGCCUUUGCAUCCUCCGCUGUCUCAGCUUUAAUUUCCGGAUACAAAUUUUCUAGACAAAACAUAAAUAUACAAGGCUAAGUACUUAAAUAAAUACAUACAUACUUAAUAUUGUAUUCUUUGGUCUCUGCAAUUUUUUCUCGCGUGUGAGGUUGUAUUAGUCAAUUCCAUUCAUUUGUAUAAGCUAUUAUAUGUGUAGAGUAUCAUUAUUGUAUUAGUUAUAUUUAGGUUGGUUUUUUUUUUCUUUGACCUCCACCAUAAGGGGCUUGUAAGUGUUGUAAAAUGAUCUGAAGUUGUAAGCAAGUUAUUGUUGUAGGAAUACUUGUGAUAUUAAGUUUGCA